AUGGGCCAAUUCGACUGGUUCAAGAAAAUCGGCGCCACCGACGAGGCCGUGGCCGUCCUCAACGACCAGCCCUACCUCUUCACCGUCCUGCUCGUCGUCAUCGUCACCCUUCUGGUGCAGGGCGGCGUGCUCUAUGCCAUCCACUGGGGCACUUUCAAGGAUUCGCAGAAGAAGCAGCCCAAGAAGGGCGGUAAAUCCGGCGGCGGCCUGAUCAGCAAACUCACGGGAGGUGGAAGCAGCGACAACGGCCGCCGUGCCGCUGGUGGCAGCUAA